UGAAUUUUCUUUCGUGUCCGCGCUGCACAGCGCACAGCACAGCACAGCGCAGCACACAGCAGCGGAUACAAGCGCGACAGUUGAAGCAGAGACAUUCAUUUUCUCAACUGCAUUCAACCAAGCACUCCAAGCAAGCCAGCAAGACUCCUCCUCUUCUUCCAACCAACCAACACCUACCUCAAAUCAUGUCUGGACGUGGCAAGGGCGGCAAGGGCCUCGGAAAGGGUGGUGCCAAGCGCCAUCGCAAGAUCCUCCGCGACAACAUCCAGGGUGUGACCAAGCCCGCCAUCCGCCGUCUCGCUCGCCGUGGUGGUGUCAAGCGCAUUUCCGGCCUCAUCUACGAGGAGACCCGCUCUGUGCUCAAGACCUUCCUCGAGAACGUCAUCCGUGACGCCGUCACCUACACCGAGCACGCUCGCCGCAAGACCGUCACCGCCCUCGACGUCGUCUACGCUCUCAAGCGCCAGGGCCGCACCCUCUACGGCUUCGGCGGUUAAGCGAGCCAACCUCCACACUCACUUGCACGCAACGCAUGCACAAUCUUCAUUGUGUCAUGCUUUCGUCCUGUCUUGCCCAUCUCUCUACCACUUGUCCCAUAACCUUGAUUGAUUGACCUUGUAUAAGCAUGUUGUGAUUUGCUGCUUGUCCACUGGCACGGCACACUUCAUGUUUAGACUGUCUUCUCCCCCUCCCUAAGCGUGUGUUCUGUUUUGCCCUGAGAAUGAUGUGAGCUGCGCUACGUUUCUUCUCUUUGUUGGCGUGUGCGCGCUCCUCUUCUUUGAUGAACUGGGAUCCACACCAUUAAACCUCCCCCCAAACUUA